AUGUUUGUUUGCGGACUAAAGUCGGAAGGAGACAGCGAAAUACGAACGCGGCUACUGUCGAAAAUUGAGGAACGCGAUGGUAUUACUCUCGAUCAUCUUUCGGAAGAUUGUCAGCGAUUGUUGUGCCUAAAGCGGGACACGGCAAUGAUCGAGUCAUCAUCAUCACCGUCAUCGGUAAAUUUCAUCAAGCGAAAACAACAAUUUUCAAAACAUCAACAGAAGCCGCCAGUGGAGACAGCCGGACCCGACAAAAACAUUCCCUCAACGCCCUGCUGGUUCUGUAGAGGAAUGCAUUUCGUUCGAGACUGCAGUCAUAGGAGCCACAAAUGCAAAGAUUGUGGUGUUGUCAGACACCGUGAGGGUUAUUGUUCCACUGCCAAGCGAACAUCCAAAGCCAGUCGAAACAAAAAGCAUCCGGGAUCGUAUGCUACAAAAAGCGUAAGUCUUGUGAUUAAUACCGUCGAUAAAAGGCGCCGUUUUGUUACAGUGAUGUUGAACGGUGUGAAUGUGCGUCUGCAGUUGGACACGGGAUCUGACAUAAGCAUCAUUUCGAAACGUUUGUGGGAGAAAAUAGGUAAACCACCCACAGUACCGGCAAACGAACAAGCCGCAACAGCGUCAGGCGACCGCUUGCAGUUUUUGUUUAAGUUCAGUUGUGACAUUUCGUUCAAUGACAAACAACAUACCUGUCAGUUUUACGUUGUUGAAAAACCACUUUACCUUCUUGGAAUCGAUUUGAUGGAUGCAUUCGAUCUUUGGUCACUGCCCAUUAGCACGUACUGCAACAACGUCACUGUUCUUUCUGUCACUUUGCAGUCACUCAAAUCAGCAUACCCGAGGGUGUUUAGGAACGAGCUGGGGUUGUGUACGAAAACAAAAGUGAAAUUGGAACUAAUACCAGGUGCAACUCCAGUUUUUCGUGCAAAGCGUCCAGUGGCUUUUGCGGUACAUAGCAGUGUGGAUAACGAACUCGACCGACUGGAACGAGCAAAAAUCAUCACACCGGUAGACUUUUCGGAUUGGGCAGCUCCCAUCGUUGUCGUCCGAAAAACGAACGGAUCUAUUCGUAUUUGCGGUGACUAUUCCACCGGUCUCAACAAUGCCCUGCAACCGCAUCAAUAUCCGUUGCCGCUACCGGAAGAAAUUUUCAACAAAUUGGCUAAUUGCACAGUGUUUAGCCGAAUUGAUCUGUCGGAUGCAUUUCUGCAGGUAGAAGUGGACGAAAGCAGCCGUGAAUUGUUAACCAUCAACACCCAUCGGGGACUUUACCGGUACAACCGUCUGACACCGGGAGUCAAAGCAGCACCGGGAGCAUUCCAGCAACUUAUCGAUACUAUGCUGGCAGGCCUCCCUCAUACGUGUGGUUAUUUAGAUGACGUCGUCGUUGGUGGUGUAAAUCCUGAAAAUCACUGGGCGAACCUUCAUGCAGUGUUUCAAAGGAUCAGCGAUUUUGGAUUUACCAUUCGUGUAGAAAAGUGCAUAUUCGCUCAGCCGCAAAUUAAAUAUGUAGGUCAUCUGCUUGACCGCAACGGUCUUCGCCCGGAUCCAUCAAAGGUUCAAGCCAUCAACGAAAUGCCACCGCCCACUGACGUUUCCGGUGUUCGCUCUUUCCUAGGAGCAAUAAAUUACUACGGCAAGUUUGUUCCUAGUAUGCGCACCCUUCGGUAUCCUCUUGAUGAGCUGCUCAAGGCGGAUGCAAAAUUUGAGUGGACGGAAAAAUGCCAGGCGGCAUUUAACAAAUUUAAAGAAGUGUUGAAAUCCGAUCUACUGUUGACACACUACAACCCUGCGCUUGAUAUAGUUGUGUCGGCAGAUGCGUCGUCUGUUGGUGUCGGUGCAACAUUAUCACACAAGUUUCCGGACGGUACUCUCAAGGUGGUACAGCAUGCCUCCAGAGCACUCACAGCAGCAGAGAAAAACUAUAGUCAGCCCGAUCGUGAAGGACUUGCAAUAAUUUUUGCAGUGACUAAAUUUCACAAAAUGUUGUUUGGUCGUCGCUUUCAUCUUCAGACUGAUCACGAGCCGCUGCUGAGGAUUUUCGGUUCGAAGAAAGGAAUUCCUGUUUACAAAUCGAACCGGUUAUAA